GGAUGCCAGCUCUGAGAAAUUCUUUAGUGCCGUCACAAAUAAUGAUUCAGAAAGGGGUGUCAGUUUACUGACAACAAGCAAAUGCAAAGAUGGCUCUGGUCCAGUUCCACCAAAAGUGUCUGGACUAGAAAGGAGUCAAGAGAAGAGUAAAGACAGUAUUGCUGAGCUGCAGUUGGAGACUACAGUGUGCAAAGAACUAGGACCACCAACACUUCCUACCAUUCAACCUGAAUUAGAAACACAGCCAAUUCUGUUGUCUUCUCCAGGACCAAUUGUGAUUUCUCAAUCAGAAAUACCUAAACAGACACAGACUGAGCCUCUUCAUCUUCCUCAUGCUCCAAUAGAGCAAGAAAAUCCAUUGCCACCUCAACCCCAAGUGCAACUGCCACCAAAGGCUCGCCCACCCUCUCAGCCACAUAUUCAUUCAAGCCCACCAGUAGCACAAGCACGACCUCCUUCUCAAACUUUGUCCCAGACAUUGUGCAACUACAAUAGCAGCAGCUUGAGUGUGAACAGUUUAAGCAGCAGCAGAAGCAGUACUCCUGCCAAACGUGAAGUGCCACCAUCUCAUCUGACUCAUCCAUCACCUUCUCCAUAUCCCCUAUCUAUACCAAGCCACAGUCCCUUGCAUAGCUUUACACCAACCAUCCAACCUUCUGCUCAUCAGCACCACCCAAAUAUGUUUGCCCCACCUGCUGCUUUACCUCCUCCACCUCCACUAACUUCAGGGACCCUUUCAGUUCCAGGACAUCCAGCAAACAGCACUUACUCAGAACAAGACCUUCUCAGACAAGAGCUGAACACACGCUUUUUGGCUUCGCAAAGUGCAGAUCGUGGAGCAUCUUUAGGGCCGCCACCAUAUCUGAGGACAGAAUUCCACCAACACCAGCAUCAACACCAGCACACGCAUCAGCACACACACCAGCACACCUUUACUCCUUUCCCGCACGCCAUCCCGACUACUGCCAUUAUGCCGACUCCAGCACCGCCCAUGGUGCGUACCCCAGGCAGAAAUUUUGACAAAUAUCCUACAAAAGUUGACCCCUUCUACCGCCACAGUUUAUUCCAUUCAUAUCCUCCAGCUGUAUCGGGUAUUCCUCCCAUGAUCCCUCCUACUGGCCCCUUUGGAUCACUUCAAGGGGCAUUUCAGCCUAAGACUUCCAAUCCUAUUGAUGUUGCAGCCAGACCUGGAACUGUCCCUCACACUCUGUUGCAGAAGGACCCAAGGAUGACUGAUCCUUUCAGGCCUAUGCUGAGGAAACCUGGAAAAUGGUGCGCUAUGCAUGUUCAUAUCGCCUGGCAAAUAUAUCAUCAUCAACAAAAAGUCAAGAAACAGAUGCAGACAGAUCCACACAAGCUUGAUUUUGGCCUAAAGCCUGAGUUUUUGAGCAGGCCACCAGGUCCGAGCCUCUUUGGAGCAAUCCAUCACCAUCCGCACCCUCAUGAUUUGGCACGCCCUGCAACUCUGUUCUCUGCUGCUGGUGGUGCACAUCCUGCAGGAGCACCUUUUGGUCCUCCACAUCAUCACAGCAAUUUUCUCAAUCCAUCUGCUCAUCUUGAACCCUUUAAUCGUCCUUCAACAUUCAGUGGUCUUGGCUCUGUGGGUGGAAAUGCCUUUGGGGGCCUUGGUAAUCCUUCAGUUAAAACAACCAGACCCUUCAACCACCCCCUCAUUAUGGCCUCCAAUUCAAUGUUCAGCCAUAAGGAAGGGCCAAAUAUGCAGAGCUUCAACAAUCCUCAUGAACCAUGGAAUCGACUUCACCGGACACCACCAUCUUUCCCUACACCUCCACCUUGGCUAAAACCAGGUGAACCGGAACGCAGUUCUUCUGCUACAGCUCAUGACAGAGAUUCUGAGAAAAGAGAAUCAUCAUCUAAGGAUGAUAAAGAAAGGGAAAGUCUGGACAAAAGGCACUCUAGUCAUCCUUCCCCAGCACCUGCUAGCCAAGUAAAUUCAUUAGGACAUAACCGCAGUUUAACUGAACAAGGUAGAAGCCACACAAAUAAUGAGUUACGUGAUAAGGAAAAGCCUAAAGAACGAGAAAGGGAACACUCUGACUCAUGGAAAGAAAAUAAUAUGGAAGAGCACAAAGCAAAGGAUAACCACAUUUCAGAGAAAGAAAAUAUUGUACAUGAAAGAGCUGUGGAGGACCCUAAACAGUUAUCAAGGGUGCCUUCACCUUAUGUCAGAGCACCAGUGGUGGAGAGCACGAGACCCAAUAGCACUUCUAAUCGAGAAAAUGAAAGAAAAAGUGAGACUUAUGAUACUCAAAAGAAAAAUAAUGAUGUGAAAGUAAAAGAAGAAAGGAAGGAAGAUCAUGAUGUUUUGGUCUCCGAAGUACCUACUGUACAUCGAUCCUCUGAACAAGCUCCUCCAAUAUCUACUUCAAAUGUUCAUCCAAGUCAUUUAGCUUCCAUGCCAAUGGCUGUGGGUGUCACAGGAAUGCACCCAAUGAACAGUAUUGGUGGUCUAGAUAGGACUCGCAUGAUGAAUCCUUUUAUGGGCAUAAGCCCCAUUCCAGGAGGUGAACGUUUCCCUUACCCAUCAUUUCACUGGGAUCCUAUGCGAGAUCCAUUAAGAGACCCAUACAGAGGACUAGAUAUUCAUAGGCGGGAUCCCCUUGGGCGAGAUUUUUUGUUGCGAAAUGAUCCACUUCACCGUUUUACCACACCAAGACUAUAUGAAUCAGACAGGUCUUUCAGGGACAGAGAACCCCAUGACUAUAACCAUCACCACCAUCAUCAUCUUUCUGUUGACCCACGAAGGGACCAUGAAAGAGCAAGCCAGUUGGAAGAGAGGGAGAGGUUACAUAUGCUUCGAGAGGACUAUGAACAUGCUCGCCUACAUGCAGUUCAUCCAGCUGCACUAGAUGGUCACCUGCCUCAUCCAAGUUUACUCACACCAGGACUUCCUAACAUGCAUUUUCCCAGGGUCAGUCCUACAGCAGGACAUCAAAAUGGACUUCUAAAUAAGACUCCUCCAACAGCAGCACUAAGUGCCCCACCUCCACUUAUUUCUACACUGGGAGGGCGACCAGGUUCUCCCAGGAGGACUACUCCAUUGACCUCAGAGAUAAGGGAUAGACCUCCUUCUCACACACUGAAGGAUAUUGAAGCACGAUAAAUUAAAUAUGAUUAUGGACAAAUAGCCUGAUUAGAAUUCAAUCAGUGCAAGACUUGAGAUACAAUAUUUGUACAAAUGUAAAAUCUCUAAGAGCAAUGAUUUUCACUUUUUGUAUAUGAUAUAUUGCAAAUUUCCAGAUCUUUUGGCCAAUUCAAAUGUUUCUCUUUAACUGGUUUAUUUUACUAAUGUAAAGCAUUUGGUUGGAACUGAAGGAAAUAAUUCAUUACAUUCAUAUGGACUGUAUCAGACUGAGGAUAUUGAAAGAACAUGUAAAUAUUAAUGUAAAAACAAUUUGUUUCAUUGGGUAUUGGUUCAUAUAUGCAAAAGGAUAGGAUGAAAGCUUUACUGUGUACAAAUGUAAAUAGACAUAACAUAAUACAAUAAUACUUCUUAAACUGUGCAGUUUACAAUGUUACUAUUUAAAACACAGUCUGUUCAUACUGUGCAGUAUAUAUUAUUAGAGACAACUAAACCCCCUCAACUAUGCAAUUAUUGUGGAGGCUUUUACUAUAAAGCCACUGUAACACAAAUGGAACAUUUGCCACACUUACACAACUAAAGUCAUAUUGUCCCUAAGAAGCUUGUGUUUUGACAUAUUCAAAAAAAUUUUCACUCAUCCCUUAUUUUAUUAUUUUGGUUCUCCUGUACCAUCACUGUAUCAAUGAACACAAACAAUUAUACAUUAAGAUACAUCUACCUAUCAACACAUGUGACAUUGAAAACAAUGUCAGUAAGAGCUAGAUCAAGGCAUAGAUUGCAGUGGUUACUGUCAACUGGUAGACUGGUCAAAUUGUAUCUACCUGUUGUGUCUACCCAAGUAUAUUGACAGUCAUUGACCAAGCUGAUCUAUGAAAUUAUAUAUCUUUGAUUAACAUAAAUAUAAGGCUCAUUUAACACAUUUGGCAUUGAAAACAAUAUCAAUAAGUGCUAGGUCAUAGCAUAGAUUACAGUGGUUACUGUCAACUGGUAGACUUGUCUACUUGUGUCCACCUGUUCGGCCUACCCAAGUAUAAUGACAGUUAUUGGCCAAGCUGAUCUAUGAAAUAUUAACAUUUACCAAGAUUUUGUAACAUAGUCCAUAGUCCGUUGUCACUUAUUCAGCGUAGAUAUUGUUUACAUUUCCUUGAUUGGAGAGGAUAUGACUUUACCUGAAGAAAUACCAUAGACAUUUGGUUUACUGGGUUGUAAAUUAUAUGUAUGAAAUAAACAUAGUUCAUUGGUCUUCUAGUGUAUUAAAGUGAUCUUAAGUUGUUACCCUGUUUUGACAAAAGCAAAACAAUGAACAAAACUCCCAACAGUUGUUUCUAAUAAGCAGAGAUCUAUUUUAGUAGUCAACUGAAGGUUUAGUUGUGAGCUUCAGAUUUUGUGAACUCCAGAUGUUGUGCAGUGUUUUUUAAGGAGCAAACUCUCCCAAAAGAAUAUGUACACUGGAAAAGUAGUGGUAGCUUUCAGUAUUGUAAAGAGAUUGUUAUAUACAAACCUUUUGCUGUUUAUCUUGUAUGUAAGAAAUUCCUUUUUAGUACAUAUGUAAAGAGGAAAAAGACAACUGAAAAGGAAAAAAAACAAGCAUAAAAAUGAAGCGACUCAAUCUUCAGCAUGUUCCUCAUCGGCGAAGACUUGUGUUAUGUAAAUUGUGCCAUGUUAUUAAAAAAUGUGAACAAAACUUUCAGGUGCUUGUGUGCAGUGCCCAUCAUUGCUUAGAGAGGGGCUAGCUCCUAUGGAACACGGCGCCUUUUACUUCCACUUUCCAAACAAAAGUAAGAAUUCAGCCAUUCUAGACUAAAGGACACUUUACAUGCGACGACCAAGUAGGCAAUUGUUGA